AUGGAUUCAGAGGGAGCCAGUGACAUCUUUCAAUACGUGUCGCAUUCGCCACCACAACGCGCGCGAAUGCACAGACUUUUCCUUAUCCAAGAGCUUCUUUAUAUCAUAUGUGAACAUGUGCAGAACGACCACACAGGCAGUAUUGCCGCAGGAAGAACUCUUGCUUCUCUUGCUAGAACCUCCAAGGUCUUCCAUCAUGUGGCCACCAGAGUUCUAUGGUCGCGACUGGACGGACUCGCACCAUUACUACAACCCUUGGCCUCCGACCUGACUUUCACCGCAGAAACCGCGACAUGGCCACAACCCGUGUCAAAGCUUAGGAGGCCACUCAAAAUGGCAGAAUGGGAGGUGCUUCGCGGCCUUGCACGUCGUGUCGAGCACCUAUGUGUCCAUAACCCUGCUCGGCCAGUAGAUGUCUCAGUCGUUCUCUCUCUCUGCCACCCCCCAACCAACUCGCCUUUGUUUCCAAAUUUGAAAUCAAUCAUCUGGAAUGACGAAAGAGCUGAGACUUUCUCGUUCAUUCGCACGCUUUCAGGGCCCACAGUUACUUCCCUGGCGAUAACCAUCACAAAUAAUAGUCGUAAAUGGCAUAUACCAGAGCUCAGCAUAUUGGCUUCGCUGCCCUACGUUUGUCCCAACGUCACAGAAGUGACUCUGCCCACCGACACUUUUCCCUCUCUAUCGGAAGCCCUUUGCGCGUGGAAUAAUCUCAAAGAGAUCAAAUGUGGAGCAAUUGAGGGUAACGCACUUUUACAUCUCGCCAAACAACCAGCUCUUCGCAAGCUUUCAUUCAAUAUAAUCAACAACGCAGGACUCGGACUGGACUCGUCUUUGCCUUCAGGGGCAUUUUCAUGUGUCCGCGACUUCGAGAUCCACGCAGCAAAUAUGUCUUUCUUAGACCCAUUCUUCAACAGGCUUGGAGGAUCGCCCGCUUCUAUGCACGUGCUAGUGGACAUCAAUCCGCCACCCACCAGUAUUACUUCACUUUUUACUGCUCUGAGGCGUUUCUCGAGUACUCAUUUGCAAGAUCUGAGCCUGCGAUUGAAGACCCCGCCAAGUCCUCGGGUCUUACCAUCACAUCCCCUGCAGCUAUUCGGCUAUCCACAACUCCAAGCUAAUGUAGGACCUUAUAUGGCGCCACCCAAUAUAAAUCUGAUGGGCUAUCCAAUCAGUGUGGGCUACCAGCCUCCGCUGGCCCCGAAUGGAUUUCAUGUUCUGCCUUUGGGUGGCGUUUCUACUUCGGGUGGCAUUUCGACUUCCGGACUUGCAUGUCACACUUUCACUUUGGGUGACUUCAUACCCCUUACCUGCUUUGAGAGCCUGGGCAGGAUAGACAUCGAUAUCAAUCACAGUAUCCACCUCGAUGAUGACGACCUCCAGUCGCUGGUCUCUGCAUGGCCCCACCUCUAUUCCUUCUCCCUCAACGACACAGCUGGAUGGCGCGCCAAGUCUGGCAUCACUCAGAUAGGCCUCAUCGCGAUGCUUGACUGUUGUCCCGAGCUUCAAAAGCUUUGUAUUGCUUUGAACACAGAUGCGUUCCUAGAGGUGCCAUCAGACCGUGAAGGGAUAGAAAACACAGCCAUGCGAACCAUAGGUCUCGCUGACUCCCUGAUCGAGGCGUGCGCCACUGUAGCAGUCGCAGCGUUUCUCUCCGACAUCUUUCCGAACCUUACCACCAUCGUCGCAUGGGAUUCGGUAGUGAUGAGUCGGCGCCUUAAUGCAGGGAUCUAUGCUGAGCGGUGGAAGCAUGUUUCUGAGCAGGUGCACGGGAUGAACAAGGUUCGGGCGCAGGAAAGGAAAUGGUGGUUGACUGACGAUGAAGGCGAAAGAUAUGGUUCUUAUGAGACUAAUGGGUUUGAGCAGCUGCUGAGGCCAAAGCUCUCCAUUGGCCUGGAACAUCUGAUGGUUUCCGUUAAACGGCUUGAUACUUACCACGGUACAUAUUUGCAAUCACAGUACAAGUGCUUAGGCCUAGGUAUCACACGUGAAGAAGUACAGACAGGCUCGACACAAUAUUCUAUUAGGAAAUCAAAGACUGCGCGUGGAUAG